AUGAGCAGCGAAAAGCUCAAAAACGUCACUCAAUGGCCGAAAUGGCUACAGAGGGUGACCACGCUUGCGGAAGACAAAGGUAUACUGGAAUAUAUUGACCCAGAUCUCUCUGAGUCAGAGAUUAGGCAACUUGGCCCAGAACCCAGUGACUUCCCUGAGAAACCAACCUUGAGGAGAGGAGACGAUGAAGAGACACACAGAAAGAACGAACGUGCUCGCAGAGAAUGGAGAGACGAUGUCGACACAUUCAAAUACCAUAAGAAUGAGUGGGACAAGAAGCAUAAAGCAAUCGGCGAACUGAACCAGUAUAUUACUACGAAUCUUGAGCAGACCCUCCAGGAUCUAGUUCUAUCUCAGAAAGGUCCGUACGCAAAGCUUGUCUUUCUCCAGAAACGCUUUGGAAAAUCGACGUCGAAGUACACCAAUAUUCUUGAACAAUGGAUGAAUGUCAUGACGAAUCCGCCAAGAGAAGGAACGAACAUACUACUCUGGCUGGAUGCUUGGGAAACCAAGAGACAGGAAGCCGAAUCUGAGGGUAUUGUCCUUGCAAAAGACAGCAAAGACUUACGUUCUCUCUUCAUUCGUCUAACACGCGAGAUUCUACCAUUCUGGUGGCAGCAAUGGCACUCAAAAGUUGUCAUUCAAGGAGAUAGAGCAUUCGCUACCUGGCAAGGCAACCCGGAAGCCGGGAACCAACCUCCUAUAGAUUUAAAGCCCUUAAGCUUUGAAGAAAGAGGAUGCCCAUGUGGUAUGCGACACUCUGUUGAACGCUGCUGGUUCCUAAACAAGAAGUCGAAUCGUCCGCUAAACUACAAGCCAAAUAAUUCUGUUAAAGAGGCGGUCGAAGCUGCGUUCAAGGACGAUCCUAAGUGGAAAGAAUGGGUGUUCUCAAGAAUAAACCGCGCAAAUCAGAAAGCAUCAAAGACAAGUUCUAUCUCUGAGUCCUCUGAAAAAUCAACUCCAACCAAUACCGCAUCGACAGAUAAAGCCAACCUAGCGAUGGAAGCAGCCUAUUUCACAGGCAACGGCUUUAGCAUAGAAUCUACUCGACAGUUAUAUUAUGAUUCUAAAUUCGAUCUAAAGGCUAAGAUCACACUCCUGACUGGUCCUAACUCCUAA